AUGGCAAUAGGGAUGCUGAGAAGAAAUAGCAGCGGCACCGCCGUGAGCGUUCUACAGGGGCGUGUGCUUCGCACUCGUAGAUUGAGCUCAGUAAAGGACGGGUCGCGGUUUGUGCCUGCGGAACCGAUGACACUAGCGGACGUGAACGAAAACGUGGUCAAGGCGAAGUACGCGGUGCGGGGGAAGAUUCCAACGCGUGCAGAGGAGCUGGAGCGGCGGCUGGAGGAGCACCCGGGCUCGCUGCCGUUCAGCAAAAUCAUCCAAGCGAACAUCGGCAAUCCGCAGCAGCUGGGCCAGAAGCCGCUGACAUUCUACCGGCAAGUGAUCUCGCUGAUGCAGAAUCCACAGUUGCUGGAGAUGCCCGCAGAAUGGCUGCAGCAGGCGUUCAAGGCGGAUGUGGUGGUGCGUGCGCGGAGGAUGCUGCAGGACGCCGGAGGCUCCGUGGGAGCGUACUCGGCGUCGCAGGGUGUGAAAGGCUACCGGCGCACGGUUGCGCAGUUUAUUGAGCGGCGCGAUGGGAUCCCAGCGAAUCCAGACAACGUGUACCUGACCGCGGGUGCGUCCUCUGCUGUGUCUUGUCUGCUGUCGACAUUCUGCAAGGGACCGGAGACAGGCGUGUUGAUCCCAAUCCCUCAGUACCCGCUGUACACUGCUACGAUCACACAGAAUAACGCGGUUGCGCUGCCGUACUACCUAAAUGAGGCUGAUGGGUGGUCUACGAAUCCAGAUGAGAUGGAACGUGUCAUCCUCGAUUCUAAGAAGAGGAACAUCGCGCCCAAAUGUCUGGUUGUGAUUAACCCUGGGAAUCCCACUGGUUCCGUACUGUCUGUAAAGGAUAUGGAGGCUAUUCUAACACUUGCUGCGAAGUAUGGGAUUGUCGUUAUUGCGGACGAGGUAUACCAGGAUAAUGUGUUUGGCGAUGCCAAGUUCCACUCUAUGCGUAAGGUGCUGAAAAACCUUCAACUCAGAGAGCCAACGCUCUACAAGAAUGUCCAGUUAGCCUCUCUUCACUCGAUCUCGAAGGGGCUCUCCGGCGAAUGUGGCCAGCGUGGUGGCUACAUGGAAUUGAUCGGUUUCCGUGAGGAGCUCAGGAAGGUUUUCGUUAAGUUGGCUUCUAUAUCUCUUUGUCCAGUGGUUACCGGACAAGCUCUAGUCGACCUUAUGGUUGGGCCUCCCAGCCAAGGGGAUCCAUCCUAUGAGCAAUAUACCCAGGAAACAAGGAGUAUCUAUCACGAAUUGGAGGAACGGUCGCAACUGCUGUGGAAAACGUUCUGUUCCUUGGAGGGUAUAGAAUGCAAUAUGCCACAAGGUGCUCUAUAUCUAUUCCCUAAGUUGCAUCUUCCACAGAAAGCUAUUGAAGCGGCGCAAAAGCUGGGUAUACCAGCGGAUGAGCUCUACUGUAGCGAAUUACUUGAUGAAACAGGCAUCUGCACUGUCCCUGGAACUGGUUUCGGCCAAAUCCCGGGCACAUAUCACGUUAGAACUACGUUUUUGCCACCUGGUACUAAGUGGAUCGAAAGUUGGAAGGACUUCCACAAGAAAUUUUAUGACAAGUAUAGGGACUAA